AUGGCCAAGGUGCACCGGCUCAUCUCCGUCGUGCUCAGGGUCGCCGCCGCUGCCGCUGCGGCAGCCGCGGCGAUUAUCAUGGUGACCAGCCACGAGACCACCAGCUUGUUCGGCUUGGAAUUGGAGGCCAAGUACUCCCACAUCCCGUCGUUUAUCUUCUUUGUGGUGGCAUUCGCCGUGGCGUGCGUCUACAGCCUGCUCGUCGUCCUCGUGCCGCCGGGUAGCGCCGCCUCCAGAUUGGUGGUCAUGACCGACGUGCUAAUGGGGAUGGUGCUGACCGGCGCCGUGGCGGCCUCGGGAGCUAUAGCGGAGGUCGGGAGGAACGGCAACUCGCACGCCGGGUGGCUGCCCAUCUGCGACCAGGUGCACGGCUACUGCACACACGUCAUGGGAGCUCUCAUCGCCGGCUUCGUCGCGCUCAUCCUCUACUUCCUCAUCAUCAUGUACUCGCUGCACGUAGUCGCUGAUCCCAUGUGUCCAUGCCAUUAG